CUUCUCUGAAUAGGACAACCCUGUUGCUGCUCUUCUUCCUCCUCCUCUCUCUCAGGCGGUCCCAAAAUGACGCUCUUUGACGGCAUCUACCCCUUCUACCCGCAGUCUAGGAAGCCCUUUGUCUUUGAUGUCAACCUCAUCAUCGUCAUCGUGGUCUUCCUCGUGAUCGCCUUCAGUUUCUUACUGAUCUUGCCUGGCAUUCGGGGCAGAGCGAGGCUCUACUGGCUUUUCCGUGUCAUCAUAAGCCUUUUUAUUGGAGGAGUGAUUGUCGCUGUUCAUUUCUCCUCUGACUGGCAGAGCGGGAAGGUGAAGGCCAACACCACCUACAAGUCCUUCAGUUCUGCUUUGGUGGAUGUGGAUGUCGGGCUCCACAUUGGCUUGUCGGGUGUCAACAUCACACUAGUUGGAAACCCUGUGGAUCAGCUCAACGAAACCAUCGACUACAAUGAGUAUUUUCCCUGGUGGUUUGGUGCCGACUAUGACCACGAAUACGAUGAGGGCUUGCACCAAGGCCUGCCCAAUCCUAUCCUCUACGUGGCAGAGACGUUCAGUGGAAACAGCCCUUGCGGCUUGCAUAGCCUCUACCGGAUGGCUGGGCAUUAUGCAUCCGCUACUUUAUGGGUUGCAUUCUGCGCCUGGCUGGUCUCCAACCUGCUCUUCUCGAUGCCGGUUCCGGUGUACGGAGGCUACAUGAUCCUCGUCACGGGCGCCUUUCUGAUCUUCGCCCUCCUCUCCUUCGCCACCGUCAGGAACGCUCCGGCCUGCAUCAUCCAGUUUGGCCAUGCCUCUCUGGAGGCAGCGUACGGAGCGUCUUUCUGGCUCACGCUUUUCACAGGGCUGCUCUGCUUCCUGAUUGGCGCAAUCGUGAUCGCCGCCAGCUACGCUUCCCCGGACCUCCUGAAAGCCUUCUUUGACCUGUGCGAGGACGAGGAGGAGGAGAAGGACGGGCUGGAAGAGGUCUACGUCAACCCUCGCUACCCUCACCUUCGGAAGAUCUCUCCGCAUCACAGCUUCAGGCUGACCAUCAAGAACAGUUAGACUUGGGAUUCUCAAUGGGGACGGUGGCCAUGUUCUGCCCUGGACAAGCCAAGCAUGGCAUGGUCCUAACUGCGGAAGAAUGCCCCAAAAUGGGGUUUGUGUUCCAUGGCUUCCUUGGACAGCUGAGGCUCAGAUCUCAUUAUUUAAGUCGAGUCCGGAGAAUAACCAUAAGACGGGUGUUGCAAUGCCACCAAGCGUGGAAGAGAACUCAAAGCAUUGACCCAAGAGGACUUUGUCUGCUGCAGAAGGACAGGCGAUGUAAGGGAGUCAUGCGUCUGGAUCUUUAGCCCUAAACUACUGUAUUUAUGCACUAUGGGAUGGAAUACCAUUCAUGUUUAAGUUAAUCUAUGGAAGCAUUUAGGUCCCCUGGUGGUGCAGCAGGUUAAACCGCUGAGCUGCUGAAUUUGCUGACUGAAAGGUUGCAAGUUCGAAUCCGAGGAGCGGGGUGAGCUCCCGCUGUUAGUCCCAGCUUCUGCCAACCUAGCAGUUCGAAAACAUGCAAAUGUGAGUCGAUCACAUUAAGCGGCUGAGGGGCAAAAGGAAAGGGCCUGAGGCUGUGAGGAUGCCUGCCAUAGAUGCAGGUGAAACGUCAGGAGAGAAUGCUUCUAGAACAUGCCAUACAGCUUGAAAAACCUACAACAACCCAGUGAUUCCGGCCAUGAAAGCCUUUAUACUUAGGCCAUUUCUGCCUCGGAUUCUCUUCUAUUUGGGAUCCAAAACAUUUCACUUUGAACAACUUGCUUGAACACGUUAGCAAAACAUGCCCGGAUCUGCAUACAUGCAAAAAAAAAGCAGUCUUGCCCUCUUUUCUGUUUGCACUUAGAUUACCCAGACUCAUCAAAGAGAAAGCCAGAACUGGCCUGUAAGCCUCUUAAGAGACAUACAUGAACAUUUCCCCACGUCUGAGCUCCCCCAUGCCUCAGUAUUGGGCACUGAGUGUGUUUGUUUGCGACCUGGCAGAUGCCAUUGGUGUGCCAGUUAGGUGUGUACAUAGUUCUAUUUUGUAUUAUAUUAUUAUGAUAUUGUUGUGCUUUGCUGCAGCACCUUUGCUAAUAAAACACUGAAAACCA